AUGGACACAGCUCUCAAUUUGCUGAAAGAUGUUGAGGUGGAUGCAAUAGUUGGUCCUCAAAAAUCUGCACAAGCCAAUUUUGUGAUGGAUCUCGGAGACAAAGCCCAUGUACCCAUCAUUUCUUUCCCUGCAACAAACCCUUCCCUUCUUCCUCCAACUCCUUAUUUUGUUCAAACAGCUCAAAGUGACGACACUCAAGUUGGGGCCAUUGUUGACAUAAUUAAGACCUUCCAAUGGAGAAGUGUAAUCAUUAUACACGAAGACACAGACUAUGGGAAUGGAAUUGUUCCAUAUUUGGUUAAUCACUUUGAAGAUUUUGAUGUUCGAGUUCGAUACCGAUGCAUUGUUCCCCUCUUAGCAACUGAGGAUUUUGUGCUUAAAGAGCUGUACAAGAUGAUGAUGACUAUGGAGACGAGGGUGUUUGUGGUGCACAUUUCACAUUCUCUUGGUGCCCUUAUGUUUCUGAAAGCAAAGGAGAUUGGAAUGAUGAGUGAGGGCUAUGCAUGGAUUGUCACUAGUGGCUUUAUGGAUUUACUAUAUUCCAUGGACUUUCAUGUCUUGGAAGCCAUGCAAGUUGUGUUGGGGGUGAAGCCCAGAGUCCCAAAAUCAAAAAAACUUGACUCUUUUGUCGUUAGAUGGAAAAGGACAUUCCUUCAUAACAAUCCCAGCAUCAAACAAGCUGAGAUAAGCACGUUUGGUCUAUGGGCAUAUGACACUCUCUGGGCACUGGCCAUGGCUGCACAGAGAGUUGGAUUAAGGGAACCUAACACUUUUGUGAAUGAAAGUACUAACAAUUCAACAAACUUGUUUAGUUUUGGAACAUCCCAAACGGGUCCUGAACUUCCCAAAGCAAUGAUGGAGACAAGAUUUGAUGAUGGACUUGCUGCCCAAGGGAUUGGAAAUCCCAGUAAUUGGGAGGAAGCUGAGGAUUGGGGUGCUAGUGAAAAAGGUUUUACUGAGUUCGUGGUAGUUGAAAGGAACAAUCAAAUUGAUGCCACCAAAGUUACCGGAUACUGUAUAGAUGUUUUCGAUACUGUGAUUCAAGCAUUACCAUAUGCUGUGCCGUAUGAGUAUGUUCCCUUCGCAAAGCCUGAUGGUUCUAGUAAUGGGAGUUAUAAUGAUCUAGUUCAUCAAGUGUUUAUACAGAAUUUUGAUGCUACGGUGGGAGAUAUAACAAUCGCAGCUAACCGAUCAUCAUAUGUGGACUUCACAUUGCCAUACGCAGAAGGAGGAAUCUCCAUGGUAGUGCGAAUUACUUAUGAGGACAUGGAUGACAAAUGGACCUUCUUCAAGCCCCUAAAGAGGGAUCUAUGGCUGGCAAGCAUAGCUUUCUUUAUUCUCACUGGAUUUUCUGUUUGGGUUCUCGAACACAGAAUAAAUACUGCAUUCAAAGGAGAAAGACUAGUGAGCAAUCUUACCCGAUUGGUUGUGGUGGUGUGGGUGUUUGUGAUGCUCACAUUUAGCUCCAGCUACAUUGCAAGCUUAUCAUCGAGAUUAACUGCACAGAGGCUUCGACCAGCCAUCAAAGACGUGAAGGAGCUUAUUGAAAAUGGACACAACGUCGGGUGUCAAGAAGGUUCAUUCAUUGUUGAUCGGUUGAAAGGGAUAGGAUUUGAAUAA